CAAAAUGCGUCGCUGUCGGAGUUUUGAUAUCAGCAAGCGGAAGCGCAAGCGCGUUGCUGCUGCGAGAGGGCUGGAAAUAGCCUGCACUACUGCCGCAGUUGUGUCGGUGUUGUGGUUUUGCCUCCACGCUUUCGCUUCUGGUUCUGCUGUUAUGGCUAACGUUCAAUAUUCGAAGAGACAAGUAGAAGCAUGGUGAACAUUUUUUGCAUCGUUGAAGAUUUGCAUGCAUGUGCUUCCAUGGAUGCCCUGCGCGGGCGUGUUUGUUUUUAAUAAAGUUGCUAUUAACUUCAAGGCGCACGGCGUCACGGACGAAUAGGUAGCAGAGUAGUCUAUAGCACGCAUGGGGUGCAUGGGGCGCAGACCUUUAAGGGGCGCAAGAAGCUCCCCCUUUAGCUCCAUGCUACUCCAUGUGGUCCAUGCACUCCAUGCCGUGCUGGCUGUGAAACCUUAUAAACUGCUCCGAGGUAGAGCGCGUUUUUAUCUGACGACCCGGAGGGUCGAGGAUCAGAAAGUAAGAGAGCCGCGCUGACGUUCUCUCAAUGCUCUUGGGGUUUAGAUCUGUGCGUGUCGCUAAGUUGAAUCCCGCGCCUUCUCUUGUUUCUUGUAACUCGAACAACGCGCUCCCAGUCGGAAUGGAAAUGACAUGAAUAAAGGCAAGGCCAUCGCUGGGCCCGAAGAUAGUAGAUACUUAUAUAAUCAGGGUUGCUCCUUUGUACUUCCAGCAUGGUAAGGAGGGCGGGCUUCUUUUUAUAUCAGAGAAGUUUGUAGCAUCGUAUGCAUGGGGUGCAUGGAGUGGCAUGGAGCGCAUCGAGCAGACGCAGCGUCGCCACGCGUGGAGCGUGUUGGGCACGAACAAGCCCCCGGCCCACCCGGGGGCGGGUGGGUCGGGGGCGGUAGAAGGCGGACCCGGUUGGUCGGCUAGACUGACGCCGCCGCGGGAGCGCUGCCUCGUGCGUAGUGCGGAGGCGUGGCGGAACUGGCGGCUGGCUUUGCAGCAAGCUGAUUUGUUACGCGCCCCAAGGUCCCGGCCCGCGAGUGAGUGGGCCCGGAGGGAGGGGUCGCAGCUGGCUCGGGGGCUUGCGGUCUGGGUGCUUGAAGUUCCCGCCUGGGAUGCCGAGCUGUAGGCGCGUGGGCUCUGAUGAAGGGGCGCCCGGAGUGUGCGCCGAGAAAAUUUGCAUGCAUCAUGGAACGCACGGAGUACCUGCUCCAUGCGGUCUAUGCACUCCAGGCCGUACGAGCUUCCGCGCCUUGCUUAAAUAGCGAGCACCUCCCAAGAUGGGUGGCGGUUUGCAUGGAUUGCAAUGCAUAGCAUGGAUUGCAUGGCCAGGAGGGGCGAAGGGGUGACCUUUUUAAAGAGGAACAAGCGCGCCGGUCCUCGGCCGCGGAUAGGGGGGCCUUGCGUUUCUCGUAGCGGUGAGGCCGCGCGUGGGCUCUCUUUCGGUUCGAGCUGGCUGCCGGGAGGACGCAGAGCGCCUGACGCCUGGCCGCGUUGGUUAGAGAUGUCAGCGAGCUAGCGGCUCGAUGGUAGUCGGGUCCCUGAGUACUUAGUUAGGAAGGUAGUGGCCUACGGGCAUGCGUAAGAUGCUAGCUAGAUUCUGAAGCCCCCCGCUUCCCCCUGGGAUGGUAUUGCCAUGCUUGCGACCGGUGUGCUUAGUUGUAAUAAGUUGGCGCUUAUGCUUUUUCUUUUAUGGGCCCGCGUUAGAAGUAACAGGAAGGCACUUGCGUUUGGCUAUCUAAGCUGCAGCGGUAUCAGGCUGGGCCAGGUAGGCAUGCGGCAGGUGCGCUAGCUCUCUCGCGUGCACAGGCUAGGGCGCGUAGGGUCCUCUGCGUUGCCGGCGUUGGGGAGGUGGUCCCUGGGGGGGGUGUUCUGACUGGCGGCAGCCUGCUUUUGCGGGGCCUGGGUGUGAGUGCUUCGAAGUUGCUUGCGCCCAAGCUGUUGGAAGGUGAGACGCGGCCACAGUAAGGGCGGACGGUGGCGCCUGAAGGGCGCCCUGCAAAAAGUCUUGGUAGCUAGCGCCAUCCAUCGCCAUGCAUGCAAUCCAUGCCAUACAUUUUAGAAAUCUGGAACGGGCGACGCUCUUACUUAUAGGAUAGCUCUGCGAUAUAGAGUCAGGAAUGGUAGCGGGACUCAAGUCGCAAGCAACAGCAAUGACAACUAUAGGCGAGCAGGCGCGGCAAUGGGUUUUUCUUGUUUGUUGCGCUCCACGCGGGGCGGAGCUUCUCCUCCUGUCUUGCGGUUGUCGUGUCAUUCUCCUUGUUCAUGUAGUUGCGCGGCUUGUAACUGCAAAGACUGAAGUAGCUCCAUCGUUCGCUGCAUAGUUGUGCCGCUUUGAGUCCGCCACUUGCGCCGAUUUUUUUUUGUUUCUUUCUUUGCAAAUCUUUCUACGGACCAUGCGGUCAGGAGGCCAGACGGGAGGGUAGAGAAUUUUGAGGACCGCUCAGCCCGUGUCGCCAGCAUGAUCGCGCCUUGGGUCUUCCCCUUUGCAUAAUUGAGAGAGAGGCCAAAAAAAUAGCUGAUAUACAUAGACACGCGGAAAGUUGCACACGGACGCGCAUGACCUAGGCAGCACAUCAGCCAAGAGGAUGGAAGCUCAACCGCCCCGAGCGUUCCGCUGCAAGGAGGAGCUCCGCUGCAAGAUUGUCAAAGCGAGACAACUUCGCAAGCAGACAGCAGACUUCGUCGACGAGAUCACGGAGGGCCCCGCAGUGUGCUUAUGGGCGCGACAGUCGGAAGAAGGCCUAUCCGGUUAGGGGAUGGCAACUGCUGCUGCCUCUGAAGCGGGGAGAAUAGUCGAGCACGCGCUCGGGCAGUUCUCUAAGUGGGGUCCCAUUGGGUAUCUUUAUAAUGAUCGGGCAGGGCGGAAAGAAGAGGGCCCCACCCGUCGCGGUCAAGUUGUAGAAGAAAGUGCCGGGGUGCUUGGUCGAGAGGGCGCUAGGGAUCUUGUUCAAAUGGCGCGAAACAAUAACGAGCACGCACAGGAUGGGUGGCCCGAAAUGGCUGGUAGGAUAUUCGUCAAUCUUACCAGCUAGUUCCAUUACGGUGCGGCCGUGAGCAUUAAACAGAAAAGCUGCUCAAGUUUUUGGACUACGGAGGAAUAGCCUUCCUGGCGCGUGUCGGCGUGGGCACCAUCACGAGACAGAUGAUGGGCCACCGACUCGCGAAGGCCAAAAGCUCAGCGUUACUUAGAGGCGCGCGAGGCUCUGCGGGGUGAGUGUGCUCCUGAGUAGUUUCAGAACGUCGCGGGCGAAUUUGCGUCCAUGGCUCGUCUCUGAAGCAGCGGGCAGCUAGAUAGAAAUGUGAGAGAGCCCCUGGCUACACAGCGGGGCCACGUUCUAGCACUUUUAUCGCGUAGGCGGGAAGAUGUGACGAUAUUGCGGGAAGAUCUAAACAAGAACAGAGACGGGGCCAGGCCUCUCUUCCAGAUGUCCACAGGGUCCAAACGUGGGACAGAACUACACAGCACAGGGCGCGCUCUCGAGUCUUUCUGUCGCGAUCGCGCUGGGGGAGAUUGUGGCCUGGGUGAAGAGUGACAGCCAUGCCAGGGCACAGGCUUGAAUCUCUACGCAGGAAACCCCAUAGCAGGUGCAGAAGAGAGGAUAGGGCAACGUCUUUGGGGGUUCCUCGAAGGCGUUGUCGAGACAGGAAUCUUAUCCGCGAACUUAGUUCAUGUGAGUAGACGGCAUUGCUAUCAACCACGCAGGGGAUGGGGCAGCGGUAGGUCUGGAAAUGAGAUGGGGCAUAGGAUAGUGCGUCGCCUGUCAUUGACCUCUUGUCUUUUUCAAGGGAUGGCGGCCUGCCAAACGUUUCGAAGCAAGUGAAUGGCUAGACAAAGACCGCCGAACAAGCAAGGUCACAGACACACUGCGGAGUCAGUCGCCAUUGCUAGCUCAUCAGAGACUGACGUAGGCGAUUGCAUUAGCUGGCUGCGACUGACGCGCCCGCAGCAUAUAAGUAGCGAACAACAUGGGAGGGGCAUAGACUAAAGCUCCGCGAAGUAAGUAAGAUAUUUGGACACUGGGAGCCUCCUAGUUCCCUUCCGACGCCAGUUGUGGCGCGUUCUCUUGGUUUCUUGUUUGUGCGGAGUCUCGACGCUGACGAAAUUAGGGGCGUAAGCUAUAGUAGACUACGAACUGUCGCUGUGAGGAUGCUCGGGGCUGUUCAGUCAUCCUUCAGAGCUAGCCGCCAUCCAUGGAAGUGCCGCACUCUCAAUACCCAGAUCCCGAAUGCAAACGCAAGAACAAAGUAACUAGAUCACCAGGCGGAUGGUCUUGAAGAUCAUGCCCACCACUAGGAUAGUGAUCAAGAUCAUAAUCGCCAUCAGGAUCAUGAUCAUCAACAACGAACAGCACAACGAUCACCACCAAGAAACAAGAGCAGCAACCAGGCAGAUCACUAACAGCACUAGGGCCAUUAUGAUAAGCACCAUCACCACCAUGAGCAGCCUAGUGCUGCGCUAAGUAAGUAACUAAAGGACCAGCAAGGUCACAGGCAAGCACAGACAUGAACAACGACAACAAGGAGCAAGAACCUCGCCCGCCAUUCUUGUCAGUGGCCGGCCCUUUGGGCUAUUGCAUAAAGCAAAGACAGGCGCGCUAUUGCCGUGACAUCAGAACGAUUGUGCGCGACGGGUGCCACUGUGUUCGCUACUUCGUAGCCACACAAUGAGGGCCACGAAAUAGAUUAAAGCCGUGACAGACAUGCGCGCGCAUUCGUUUACUUUUGUUUUCGCUCUUGGGGAGAGGAGUGACACCGGGGAAGACAAGAGGCCCUGCUCUUCAUUGCGCGCGGCUCUCGCUACAGACACGACGGGGUGCGCGGGGGGGGGUGCUGCUACUGUUUGUUUUCUAGUCUCUGAGGAAGUCUUGUCGCUGUUUUGAUAAGGCAGGAUCCCAAGACCUCAGGUAAAUACGGGCGCAGCGCCUGCACGGCGGACGCGCUCAGUUCUCGCCAGGGGGGUUGCACUUGGAUACAAAUCCAUGGUGGCGCGCGUUAGGUUAGAGAGUCAAAACCUUCGAAGGCAGGCCAGCUGCUGAGCCACGGCGCAAGCCGUAGGCUGCGGCGUUACUUAGGGUCCGCCAACUCCUAUCGCGUUUGCUAGGUUCUAGGUAGCCCCAAAUCGCGCCAGCGUGAGCACACCGCUCGGAAAGUAGUUACUUAAAUAAAGAAGGCGGAGGCCAGUGCGAGUGCCCUCCAUGAACCAAGGAGGCGACUUGUUGCACGGAAGGCGUGGCACAAGCGUCCAGUCUGAUAAGGGGCGUGGGCCAUGGGCUAGCUAAGUCGACUGAAUACACCCAAAAACAACGGCGCACAGGCUGCGGGGGAGGUUUGCAAGCUCGUCACGCUUGGAGCUGUUUGCUUUUUUUUCCAUUUUGUCACUCGACGUCGCGGCGCGUGUGAAUGGUUAGAGGUGGCGCGCUGUCGUAACUCAGGGCAUACGCAUGGGAAAAACUACAAGGGGAGACGGCGCCACCAUGCAUGGAGCUGCAUGCAGCGCGUCGCAGUACGCACGGCUAUCGGCGCCGGCGAUUUUAUGGUGCCGCAGCCGGUGCGCGAUGCCAUUCGGGAGGCAGUGCACCGGCGCGGCGUGGCGCGCGUCAGCAAAAACACGACGGGGCAGCCAGGCAGUAGGACUAGCGUGCGCGCGGCGGUUGUCACCUUGAAGGCUGCGGGUCGGGCAAGAUGUGCGCCACCCCAAGGGCGUCGGCGCUGUGGCGCGACAUGUGUGAGAGCGAGCGCGGGAGAAGGAGCUCCUGCGGCCGUGCUCGAUACAUAUGCGGGGGCGGCGCGUCAUCUUGUCUUCGUGUUUGCCUGUGAACGACGAGGCCCGGACCUCGCUCCCCAAAGCAAGAGCCUGUGGCAGCGGCGGCGCGAAGCUCAGGCCAUCGAAGAGAUUUCCCACAUGCUGACCCUGUCGGCGCUUUUGGAUGGUUGCGAAACAGCGUGGGAGGGCAGCUUAUUCCGCAGCCGCUCGCUCCCUCGAUUCCCCGCGAUCUCGCGCUCGGGGUCGCCAGACCGUAGCGCCGGCGGCACGCGGAGGGCGGCACAGCUGCCAAGGCCAUUGAUCUGUCACCCAGAGAAGCCGGCGCCGCUGAUCCUGGGGAGCUCAGAGGGCUCGAACCGAGCGGGCCUGGCAGUCUGCUUUCGGUGAGUCAGGUGAAGGCUGCGGCUUCCUUGCAGACGGCAUCCCAGUUGCGCAAGGGACGGAGGCUGGCACACACGCAGGCGGCUGCUUGGGCUUGGUGUGGCGCCUCCGUGGCGGUCUGCAAUACCUGGCGCGCCUGAGCCACGCGAGAAGGCUGCCCUUCUGGCUGGGCCGCCUGGAACGCGUCAGGGAUGUCGGCCGGGGCGACGCUCCCCGGGUUCUGAGCUGGAAAAGGGGGCCACUUGCUUCCCCGCUUCUAUGUGUGGCAGGCUUCCGCCUCUUAUUGUGGGACAAUUGGCGCACAGAUCUCCGACGGAGGCGCCCGCGCGUCUACGAUUUGGCAGCAGGGGCUGGCAGCGUCAGCGAUGUCAGCAAGGACCCGGAAAAUCAUGGAGGGGGCAGCGCCUUUCAUGGAGAUCGCCAACGACGCGACAAAAGCGGAGCAGGAUAAGGCGCGGCGGAGGUGCAGGCAGAUGCGUGGGGCAGGCCUGAUGGCUCGCCAUGUGGGGACUCCGUCGGGGGCUUGGGAGAAAGCACCUGGGAAGGAGGACGAAGAGGCCCAGCCAAAGCGGCUAGACCUCCAGAGACAGGCCGGCAGACCUGGGAACCAUGUAGCGAAAAGGAGCAGGCAGGUGCGUAAGCGGCGAAGGCUGUGCUUGAAAGGCAUAAAAAAGGCAGCGCUGAGCACGGAGCCCACGCCACCCCUGACCUGAAAACACGCGAGCCGCGGAGGCAAGUGGCUGCGUAUAAUAGUAGCAAACCAGGAUGCCUGAUGCGUACAGGACUGCGGAUAAAAACAGAAGCCGCUUGGACCGACAGCAGGGCCAUAGGUUGUGGAUGAAGACGAGCAAAACGAUCCGCAGCGCCUGCUGUCUGUUCAUCGGCGCCGCCUCUCCUCCUCUUGGAUUUUUCAGCAUGCAUAGAUAAGACGAAAGAACGAGGAGCCCCCCCGCAAGUUUGCGCUGGGGUUUCAGGGCUGUGCCCAUAGUGUGCACCCAACAGCUUGGGCAUUUGGCUGGCCUCCUAGCCUCGAGGGGGAUCAGAUAUGCGCCCCAACUUGUGUCGCCGGUGUUCGUGGGCUUUGCCAUUCGCGGCCAUAACUUCUCUGAAGGCGUUGCCCGGAUCUCAUUUCUCUGGCUUUGCUCGUCGAGCUUGUUUCGCCCUGGCAACGUGGCCUGGCCACAAGUUCGUGGGCCUUGAACCUUGAACCUUAGAGGGGGUUGCUGGUAUUGGUCAUGUUGAUGACUAUUUACUCCACUUAUGUGUGAAUCAGUGUGAUGCAGUAAACUAGACCUAGGCCAGGACUCUACUCCGAGGACAAGUGGUAGCCAUUCAGAUGGUGCGCGCUUCAGUGCCUAGGGACACACAGACAUGCGCCUGAGGUCUGUGCCUCUGGUUCUGUGUGUGUAGUUUUUUCUUAUAAGAGAAGCGCUAACACUGGCGCAGAGGCGGAUGCUGUGGACGACCUUGCUUCGCCUUUCUCUCGUCCCUUAUUCAGGACUGGCAACAAGACGCCGACCAUCUAUGAGGAUAGCGACACUAAGGCCCAACAAAGGGGAGCUUACUCAUAGACGCAGGCGCAGACUUGCGCUUAGGCUCUUAGCGGUAGAAAUCAUUCGGCAGCAGGCUCGUAGCUUCUCGAUGAAAGGGCGUGACUUCUGUCAUUUUCAAAGCGUUGGAUGUAGCUAGGUGAAAGCUUCGCUUCUAGUGUUUUCGUUUCGUCAUAUUCUUAAUGCUUUGUGUCUAACCCUCGCUACUUCUUGGAAACGCUAUCCCACCGAGUUGUUUACGAGAACAGCGCACGCAGCGUGGAUUUUUUGGACCACAGCGCUGAGGGUGACAGCGUCCACAAUGCGGAUUUUUUGGGUCACAGCGUUGAAGAUAAUGGAAACGCCUUCAACCUUUUGGAUGACGAGGACGCCGCGCACAUGGAUGGCAACUCUCACGCGGCAACUACAAUGGGCGCGGGCGCGCCUGAUGCUGUUGGAGUAAACGUGACUACCAGUGCUAGAGAUGGCGACGGUGGGGCCGCUUUUCUGGAUGUGGACUCGGGACAAAUACCUGCGGCCGUUCAGCAUCAGGGCGACCUUGCUGCGCGUCUCACCUAUGGCGCCACUUUCUGCCUGGCCGUAUUUCAUUCUGGGACUGUCGAUUUGUCUUAUUUCUUCCCCCUUGACUUCGGGCCAUUAUAAUUAUACCCGCAGGCCUCUGAUGUUUGGCAAUUUCUAGGCUUUGUUUUUAGAUAGUCCUUUUCAGCGUCUUGGCUCGAGGGCUUGCUUUCGUCUGGGAGUGGGGCGGGGGGUGUCACUGCUUUCCAUUCGAGAGAUUUGCCCCGCCCUUGUGUUGUCUGGAAAUCCAUCCCGGGCAUGUUGCUACACCAGCCAAGGCGGCGCGCUUUGUUUUUGGGGCUUUUCUCGUGGUUCAUUCAAUGAGAAUCACGGCAGAGGGGGCCCAGGCAUGUAUAAGGGGGGCGAGAGCGAGACGCAGGCGCCCCCCCUCCCUAGGUUUAUCCACGCUGGUGCCCACUCACUUGACCGGCAGUGCUUAAACGAGCGCUGGCGCAGUGUAUCGCGCCCAUGUGGCAGUUUGUGCCGGGUUGUGGGUUUGAAGCAAAGGAAUUGGCUGGCGUUGGCUCGCGCGCUCGCAGUACAGUUCUAGCGCAUCGGGGGAGAAAUUGACACGGGGGAAGUCUGUAGCGCUGGGGCGGGACAUUCAUCGCCCGGGCCUAUAGGCUUGGCGCGGUUUAUCUCUGGGUGAGUGGAGUGGCUUCGCGUGUUUCUUUCGUCGACUGGCCUCUUUCGGUGGGCUGUUGUGUGUUAGUGUGUUGCCGUUGGUCUGUUGCUGGAUGUUGCGGCGCCCCCCCUCUGGAAGUGCUCAAACCUUAACAAGAGGCAAGCGGCGGCGGGAGUUCAGUGGGCCGAUUGUGUGUGUGUGUGUGUGUGUCUGCGUGUGUCUGCGUGUGUCUGCGUGUGUCUGCGUGUGUCUGCGUGUGUCUGCGUGUGUCUGCGUGUGUCUGCGUGUGUCUGCGUGNGCGGUGCGAGUGUGUGCGGUGCGAGUGUGUGCGGUGCGAGUGUGUGCGGUGCGAGUGUGUGCGGUGCGAGUGUGUGCGGUGCGAGUGUGUGCGGUGCGAGUGUGUGCGGUGCGAGUGUGUGCGGUGCGAGUGUGUGCGGUGCGAGUGUGUGCGGUGCGAGUGUGUGCGGUGCGAGUGUGUGCGGUGCGAGUGUGUGCGGUGCGAGUGUGUGCGGUGCGAGUGUGUGCGGUGCGAGUGUGUGCGGUGCGAGUGUGUGCGGUGCGAGUGUGUGCGGUGCGAGUGUGUGCGGUGCGAGUGUGUGCGGUGCGAGUGUGUGCGGUGCGAGUGUGUGCGGUGCGAGUGUGUGCGGUGCGAGUGUGUGCGGUGCGAGUGUGUGCGGUGCGAGUGUGUGCGGUGCGAGUGUGUGCGGUGCGAGUGUGUGCGGUGCGAGUGUGUGCGGUGCGAGUGUGUGCGGUGCGAGUGUGUGCGGUGCGAGUGUGUGCGGUGCGAGUGUGUGCGGUGCGAGUGUGUGCGGUGCGAGUGUGUGCGGUGCGAGUGUGUGCGGUGCGAGUGUGUGCGGUGCGAGUGUGUGCGGUGCGAGUGUGUGCGGUGCGAGUGUGUGCGGUGCGAGUGUGUGCGGUGCGAGUGUGUGCGGUGCGAGUGUGUGCGGUGCGAGUGUGUGCGGUGCGAGUGUGUGCGGUGCGAGUGUGUGCGGUGCGAGUGUGUGCGGUGCGAGUGUGUGCGGUGCGAGUGUGUGCGGUGCGAGUGUGUGCGGUGCGAGUGUGUGCGGUGCGAGUGUGUGCGGUGCGAGUGUGUGCGGUGCGAGUGUGUGCGGUGCGAGUGUGUGCGGUGCGAGUGUGUGCGGUGCGAGUGUGUGCGGUGCGAGUGUGUGCGGUGCGAGUGUGUGCGGUGCGAGUGUGUGCGGUGCGAGUGUGUGCGGUGCGAGUGUGUGCGGUGCGAGUGUGUGCGGUGCGAGUGUGUGCGGUGCGAGUGUGUGCGGUGCGAGUGUGUGCGGUGCGAGUGUGUGCGGUGCGAGUGUGUGCGGUGCGAGUGUGUGCGGUGCGAGUGUGUGCGGUGCGAGUGUGUGCGGUGCGAGUGUGUGCGGUGCGAGUGUGUGCGGUGCGAGUGUGUGCGGUGCGAGUGUGUGCGGUGCGAGUGUGUGCGGUGCGAGUGUGUGCGGUGCGAGUGUGUGCGGUGCGAGUGUGUGCGGUGCGAGUGUGUGCGGUGCGAGUGUGUGCGGUGCGAGUGUGUGCGGUGCGAGUGUGUGCGGUGCGAGUGUGUGCGGUGCGAGUGUGUGCGGUGCGAGUGUGUGCGGUGCGAGUGUGUGCGGUGCGAGUGUGUGCGGUGCGAGUGUGUGCGGUGCGAGUGUGUGCGGUGCGAGUGUGUGCGGUGCGAGUGUGUGCGGUGCGAGUGUGUGCGGUGCGAGUGUGUGCGGUGCGAGUGUGUGCGGUGCGAGUGUGUGCGGUGCGAGUGUGUGCGGUGCGAGUGUGUGCGGUGCGAGUGUGUGCGGUGCGAGUGUGUGCGGUGCGAGUGUGUGCGGUGCGAGUGUGUGCGGUGCGAGUGUGUGCGGUGCGAGUGUGUGCGGUGCGAGUGUGUGCGGUGCGAGUGUGUGCGGUGCGAGUGUGUGCGGUGCGAGUGUGUGCGGUGCGAGUGUGUGCGGUGCGAGUGUGUGCGGUGCGAGUGUGUGCGGUGCGAGUGUGUGCGGUGCGAGUGUGUGCGGUGCGAGUGUGUGCGGUGCGAGUGUGUGCGGUGCGAGUGUGUGCGGUGCGAGUGUGUGCGGUGCGAGUGUGUGCGGUGCGAGUGUGUGCGGUGCGAGUGUGUGCGGUGCGAGUGUGUGCGGUGCGAGUGUGUGCGGUGCGAGUGUGUGCGGUGCGAGUGUGUGCGGUGCGAGUGUGUGCGGUGCGAGUGUGUGCGGUGCGAGUGUGUGCGGUGCGAGUGUGUGCGGUGCGAGUGUGUGCGGUGCGAGUGUGUGCGGUGCGAGUGUGUGCGGUGCGAGUGUGUGCGGUGCGAGUGUGUGCGGUGCGAGUGUGUGCGGUGCGAGUGUGUGCGGUGCGAGUGUGUGCGGUGCGAGUGUGUGCGGUGCGAGUGUGUGCGGUGCGAGUGUGUGCGGUGCGAGUGUGUGCGGUGCGAGUGUGUGCGGUGCGAGUGUGUGCGGUGCGAGUGUGUGCGGUGCGAGUGUGUGCGGUGCGAGUGUGUGCGGUGCGAGUGUGUGCGGUGCGAGUGUGUGCGGUGCGAGUGUGUGCGGUGCGAGUGUGUGCGGUGCGAGUGUGUGCGGUGCGAGUGUGUGCGGUGCGAGUGUGUGCGGUGCGAGUGUGUGCGGUGCGAGUGUGUGCGGUGCGAGUGUGUGCGGUGCGAGUGUGUGCGGUGCGAGUGUGUGCGGUGCGAGUGUGUGCGGUGCGAGUGUGUGCGGUGCGAGUGUGUGCGGUGCGAGUGUGUGCGGUGCGAGUGUGUGCGGUGCGAGUGUGUGCGGUGCGAGUGUGUGCGGUGCGAGUGUGUGCGGUGCGAGUGUGUGCGGUGCGAGUGUGUGCGGUGCGAGUGUGUGCGGUGCGAGUGUGUGCGGUGCGAGUGUGUGCGGUGCGAGUGUGUGCGGUGCGAGUGUGUGCGGUGCGAGUGUGUGCGGUGCGAGUGUGUGCGGUGCGAGUGUGUGCGGUGCGAGUGUGUGCGGUGCGAGUGUGUGCGGUGCGAGUGUGUGCGGUGCGAGUGUGUGCGGUGCGAGUGUGUGCGGUGCGAGUGUGUGCGGUGCGAGUGUGUGCGGUGCGAGUGUGUGCGGUGCGAGUGUGUGCGGUGCGAGUGUGUGCGGUGCGAGUGUGUGCGGUGCGAGUGUGUGCGGUGCGAGUGUGUGCGGUGCGAGUGUGUGCGGUGCGAGUGUGUGCGGUGCGAGUGUGUGCGGUGCGAGUGUGUGCGGUGCGAGUGUGUGCGGUGCGAGUGUGUGCGGUGCGAGUGUGUGCGGUGCGAGUGUGUGCGGUGCGAGUGUGUGCGGUGCGAGUGUGUGCGGUGCGAGUGUGUGCGGUGCGAGUGUGUGCGGUGCGAGUGUGUGCGGUGCGAGUGUGUGCGGUGCGAGUGUGUGCGGUGCGAGUGUGUGCGGUGCGAGUGUGUGCGGUGCGAGUGUGUGCGUGGGUGGGUGUGGGUGUGGGUGUGGGUGGGUGGGUGUGUGGGCCAGGGUGGGUGUGUGUGCGUCUGCGUGGGCCAGGGUGUGUGCGUGGGCCAGGGUGUGUGUGUGGGUGUUUGUGUGUGUGUGUUUGCUUCUGUGUGUUUGUGUGUGUUUGUUUAUGUGUGUUUGUGUGUGUCUGUGUGUGUGUUUGUGUGUCUUUGUGUUUGUGUGUCUUUGUGUUUGUGUGUCUUUGUGUUUGUGUGUCUUUGUGUUUGUGUGUCUUUGUGUUUGUGUGUCUUUGUGUUUGUGUGUCUUUGUGUUUGUGUGUCUUUGUGUUUGUGUGUCUUUGUGUUUGUGUGUCUUUGUGUUUGUGUGUCUUUGUGUUUGUGUGUCUUUGUGUUUGUGUGUCUUUGUGUUUGUGUGUCUUUGUGUUUGUGUGUCUUUGUGUUUGUGUGUCUUUGUGUUUGUGUGUCUUUGUGUUUGUGUGUCUUUGUGUUUGUGUGUCUUUGUGUUUGUGUGUCUUUGUGUUUGUGUGUCUUUGUGUUUGUGUGUCUUUGUGUUUGUGUGUCUUUGUGUUUGUGUGUCUUUGUGUUUGUGUGUCUUUGUGUUUGUGUGUCUUUGUGUUUGUGUGUCUUUGUGUUUGUGUGUCUUUGUGUUUGUGUGUCUUUGUGUUUGUGUGUCUUUGUGUUUGUGUGUCUUUGUGUUUGUGUGUCUUUGUGUUUGUGUGUCUUUGUGUUUGUGUGUCUUUGUGUUUGUGUGUCUUUGUGUUUGUGUGUCUUUGUGUUUGUGUGUCUUUGUGUUUGUGUGUCUUUGUGUUUGUGUGUCUUUGUGUUUGUGUGUCUUUGUGUUUGUGUGUCUUUGUGUUUGUGUGUCUUUGUGUUUGUGUGUCUUUGUGUUUGUGUGUCUUUGUGUUUGUGUGUCUUUGUGUUUGUGUGUCUUUGUGUUUGUGUGUCUUUGUGUUUGUGUGUCUUUGUGUUUGUGUGUCUUUGUGUUUGUGUGUCUUUGUGUUUGUGUGUCUUUGUGUUUGUGUGUCUUUGUGUUUGUUUGCUUGCUUGCUUGCUUGCUUGCUUGCUUGCUUGCUUGCUUGCUUGUUUGUUUGUUUGUUUGUUUGUUUGUUUGUUUGUUAGUUUGCUUGUUUGCUUGUUUGUUUGUUUGUCUGUUUGUUUGUUUGUUUGUUUGUUUGUUUGUGUGUGUGUUGCGUGUGUGUGCGCGUGCGCGUGCGCGUGCGCGUGUGUGUGUCUGCGUGUGUGUGUGUCUGCGUGUGUGUGUCUGGCUGUAGGUAGCGUGUCUGUGUCUGGCUGUGUUUUAUCCUACGUCCAUCGCUUCGUCUUCUAUACCAGGCGAGCCCCGUCGUGUGCCGCUUUCUUAUUAUCUACUAUCUUACGGCGAUGCCCCCCGGGCAAUGUAAUCAGACAGUAGGAUAGAAGGGCACCAUACGAUAUUGAGUCAUUGGUGAGUUUUUAUUUCUCUAAUACAAUGCGGAAGGUGAGCUCGACAACGAAGCGGCAGAGCUUGCGCUGCAGAAAAAGGCGGGGUUAUGAAACAACAAGGGCAUACACAUGAUAAGCGUUGGCUUUGAAUGGCUAGCACAUAAAAAAAAAAGAUGCCGCAUAAGAUAGUUUUGACUACUGACACGCGCGCGCCUUAGUGUCAGCACCUUGCGUGUUGCAGACUUAGCAAGGGGCCCCUAUCCUAUCCUAGAAAAUAACAGGGAGGCCCCUGCUUAUAAUUAAUCCUCUCACCCAGCAACAACGUCAAAGGUGUAAUGGUACUGUGACAGGGCUGGUUUUGGAUUGUGUAAAAAUCUUCAGUAGAACUAUCAGAACUUUUCUCUAGUGCGGGCAUUAGGUGGAGCAGUUGUAUUAUUGGGGGUAUACAAAUGGCGGGGGAGGAAGCGCAUACGCAGUCCCAGGGCGCUUAUUUGGUCCGGGGCGCUUUGGCCCGGGUGCGCCGCUAAUCCGUCGGCAGUAGCAGGCGUUGCCCCCGCGCUGGGGGACAGGGUCGCCCUGAACCUCCAGCCCUUUGGGCCGUCUUUUCUCGCCGCCUGCCUCCUUGGUGCGCCUUCCAUUCUUUUCCCGACGGCUGGAGGUUCACAGCCGCCAGGUGCGUGCGUUUUUUGUGCCCGGCACUGCUUUGGGUGCGCCUGAGCCGCUGCUGCUGGCGCUCUUUGGCGCUAGGGCCGUUACCUUUUUGGUAGCGGUAUGCUGUUGCGUCUGUCCCUUUUUCUGUGGUGCUGCUGGGGGGUGAUCUUGGUCGGCCGUUUCUCUGGCCCAGGUGUCUUCUUGGAGCAUCUUGGGCUGCACGAAGUCGCGCGGGGGCGGUCCCCCCCGAGGGCCACCGCCUGCGCAAACCGUGCAGCGGGAUGAAUUCUGAAGCCUCCCACGUUUUGUGGAAAAGUCCUGAAUCAGUCAAAAAUCUAGUCCCUUCGCAUUUAUUGGCCGACUGAUGCGUAACUAAGCGGUCGGGUUUCUUCGUGAGAAAGUGUUCUAUGGGCAUGCGAUUGUAGAGGCCGCCAGGCAAUAGAGUAGCCCUCAGUCCCAAAUAAAACCCUUGGCCCAGCACUGCGCCCCGCGUCAGUGUCAUGCCCUCGACCAUUUGCAGGAACCCACCGGCACACGAUUAGGGAAGCGUGGGUCUUGCCCGAUGCUUGCUGGAGAGGUGUUGGAGACAGUUUUGGAGAAUGUGACGCCGUGCAACGUUUUGGAUUGAACGGCGCGAACCGCGGGGGAGUGGCUUUAGGCUCAAAGCUAGACAAUGACGCCAAGCUUCGGCAUGUGCUUGCGCAGAAGUUCUGCUCUGUUUCGGUGUGGUCUGAUGUCCGUGCGGGGUCGUUACUCUGCUGCUUCAACCUUGGCACAGGAGGUAACUGUAUUCUGGAAGUCCUCGCACAGAGGGACUGCGGGGUGGUGUUGGCCUGCUCGGUUUUCGUUCAUAAGAUAUUUAUCAGAGCUUCAGUCACAAUCGAAAAGUCUGCGCAUGGGCAUGCUCGGCAUGGCCAUCCCUUCCCCAGAAUUUGAGGGCUGUCAUCGAUCCGGCGCGCAGGAGUUCGGGCCGUCACUGAUGGAGCUGUUUGCCGGUUGAGUGGGAUGGGGGGUGCUUCGUUCCUUUUUUGUUUUAGUGGCGGGAGAUUGUAUAUCGCCGCUGUUCUAAUCUUCGUGGAAGGUGUGCCGUGUCGUGCGACUCAUCUUAUCGAAGUGUCGUGGAACUCUUAAUAUUACUUAGUCUAGUGUACGGCUACUUUGGAGAAUUCUACUAGAGCUUCUAAAAAGAUGGGGUUGGGGAGUCGAGGUCAACAGCGUCCGACACGCAGAUGAGGAGCUCGAGAGGCUGACAACCUUGAUGGCGACCCAAAGAGACACGGUGAACAAGCUGGAAAAUGUAGGCGCAGAAAAUCCAAGUUCCUAGAACUGAGAUCGGCACUACUUUCAAGCCCGUGCACCCACUAGGCUGCGCCCCUUUCUGCCUCCUUUUUCGUACAUUCCCGAGUCGGAAGCUAGUGGGUGGCCCCUGGUAACUACCAAAGGCCUCUGCGUCCGAUGGCUCGGCAGUGAUAUGGGAGCACUCUCCGGGCGGGGGCGGCCCAAUGUCGGAGAAGGUGCGCGGGCAUCUCCGUUGGCUGUGAACUUGAGUGCCAAAGGCUGCCCUGGCUCCGUGUGGUUGUCACCCUUGUACGCAAAGCCACGCGCGAAGGCCAUUCCACCGCAGUGGGCUGCAGGGCCGUGCGACCGGGUUGGCGCGCCAGUAUGCAGGAAGACCCGACCCCGCCACACACUUGCCAGGUCCAUCUCCGUGAACUUUGGCCAAGCCAAAGCGGACCGGAGUCGGGUUGGCGUGCUGCUGCUGGUCGCUGCUUACGUCGUCUCCUGGCGCGGAGUCUGGUGGGUGUGCGUGUCCGCUAGGUUUGGGCAGGAUCCCAGAUUUGGAGCGCCCGCCACCACCGUGCUGGUUUUGGUCGCUCCAAAGCCGACUAGGAUCCAGCAACCAAGUCGCUGGCCAUUUUUUUCCCGGAAAAAGUUCGCUUUUUUAGGCCUUCCACUUGGGCCCGGUCUUGGGCUUUCAUCUUUUUAAAUCUUGGGCAGAAAUUUCAAAAAUCUAGUGGCGGGCGCAAAUAUUCUCGGAGCAGACUUCGAGUCUUUUCCUUCGGCUUUUUCUGCGAGAAAAUUCAUCUCAGACAAAGCACUUUUUGAGGUGGCUCGGCUUGGAUCUAAUCUUGGCGCAAAUCUUGGAUUUCAGCCAAAGCGUGAGCCUGCUCACUCGCUCCGGCGCUUCCUGUCCCUGGUUGUCUUGCUGCAGCCCGCGGAUGGUGGGAAAUUCAGACCAAGGGGAUCGCGCACAGGCUCAAGGAAGCGGCAAGCGGAGGAGGAAAGGGCCUCGCAGCUGGCCGGCUGGGGUGCUACUGAGUCAGUUGGUUCGGACAGCUUUCGGGCGCUUGGAAUCAGCUGACUCCGUCGCAGGCGUAGGCAGUCCCUGCCGCAAGCCCGGCGCCUGGGCCACUGAUCAGCUGCUUCAGGCAGUGGCCCACCUGGUUCGCUUUGAGGCAAUCUGCCAGGCCUCUGGCUGAGUCAACUGAUUCAUCAGGGCCAGUCUUGGCCUUGAGUCUGUCAGCUGAUUCGCAUGACCGUGCAAACACAACAGCGCACGCGGUCGCUGGCGAUGGCAUUGGAGCCGGGGACUCCUGAGUUGCUUGAAGAUGCUGCGUCGUAUGCAUUUGCUGGGGCUUUCUUGGUCUCUCGAACGUUGUGCACAUUCAUUGCGUCGCCUUUUUGUGCGUUUUGAAAUCUCAGCGCUAGGCCCUUGGAUAGUCUCCAUCUUCAGAUAAGCACUUCAACGAAGACAAAAUUGAUCCGUAUGGCCAAAAAGGUCACGAAUUCAAGUGGUCGGGAGAGAAGCUGAAGCGUUACAUUGCGCAGGAGAUCUGGGGAAACGUCAAGGGUCACAUGUCCACCACCGGAACAAAGAACAUUGCGGACCCCAAUUCGGCCACAGCAGGAGCUGGUCGCGAAUUAUGGAAAGGGUCGUCCAUCGGGGUGGCGAUGGUGACGAACGGGUGGACGCCGGACGUCACACUUAAGGUCGCCAUAGGGGAGAGCACUAUCGACGAACUGUUGCUGCUGUCUGCCAGCUCGUUUCAUCCAAUAUUUACUUUUCCAGGCGAGCGCGAGGAAGAGAAUGGCCAUAUAAUUGCUCGCGAUUUUAUUGUUGAUCCAGCUACGGCCGUAGAGACCAUCGCUUUCGGCGUCGGUAGCGACGGUGCCUACGUGAGCAAGGAUGUAGCGGUCACGAGCUUUCUAAGGCGUCGGGCUAACUUGUUCUUAUAAUAUAAGUAAUAUGCAUAGAGUAGUUAGUUCUAGAGGCUUGUCCUACUUAUACAUAGUGCAUUUUUAGAUAUUAUAACCAACCUCAAAUUAAUCGGCUCAGGAAGCUAAUCAAUGCUACCUAAAGGGCCACGGCCACCUCACCCCCCUACGCUCUAGUGUGUGCGCUAUUAGUUAAAUAAUCUAAACGCAGGGUACGUGACCUUAAACGCAGGGCCUAGGCUUACAAUCUAGUCCACUCAUCAUCAGAAACAAUUUUGUACUGCUAUUUUUUUCCCUGUGUUUUUAGAUAGUUGGUUUGCUGGUUUCUACUUUCGUCCAGCGAGGGUAUCAGUAUGUGGAAGAUAUAGACCUUAAUGCACUAAUUUCAUUGUUGUCUAAGCUUCGCCCGGUAUAGUCGUGGAGUUAGAGUAACACACUUCGUUCUAGAGACUUUUAUCGUGAUUGGUGGAUAUCUCGUUCACCAAGAGUGCUGCCAAGUGUCAGUCAUCUGCGCUGUGCUACUCGUGGCUCGUGGGUGUUUGUGGUGCCGUAUUCCUUGAUAAAGCGGCCACGCGAUCAGGCGGCACAUUACUUCGCCAGUUUUAAAUUAAAACCGUGGAGGAUGCUUGUUCAUGGCCCCGAAAGGUGCGCGCAACUUACUAGUGUAGACCGGGUGCGUUUGCAAUUUGCAACGUGCCGCAUAAAAAUGAUAUAUGUUGCAGCUGCGCUUUUCUUUAUCGAUCGCGUGGCAGCGAACUCGAUAACUACAUGCCCAGGAAGCGGGCCCAUAAAUGAUUCAAGGGCGCGCCACACUGGGCAUAGGUUACUUAGCAAUACAUAGACUGACAAGACAAGCGGCUUCGACGCAGGGCGCUAAGUGGUCACCAAGCUAGCGACGCGCGGCUGGCUCGCUUUGGGUUGGCUAAUGCGUAUGCUGUUACAUGGCUAAGCCGGCAGGCUGGCUGUCAUCGUGGCUAAGCUGACAGGGCGAUAGAUAGACGAUGGCGAAGCUUAUAAGCAAGCCGGCUGUUGCUAAAUUACCGACGGACGCGGAGCGGCUAUGGCUAUUAGCCUAGCAGGCUAGCGCUGGUGAGGCUCGCAAGCUGGUCGCGACGAGGUUAGCAGGCUGGCGGCCAUGCCGCGCUGGGCUAGCAGGGUGGCUGCGACGAAGCUCGCGAGAUGGCUAUGGCUAAGCAGCUAGAAAGCUAGCCAUGGCUAAGCAGCUAGCAAGCUACCGACGGCCAAGCAGCUAGCGAGCUAGCUACUGCUAAACAGCUAGUAAGCGGCUGGCUUUAGGCUUAGCGGGCCAGCCAAGCCGCUAGCACUAUGGCCAAGCAGGUAGCAGGCCUGGUAGCUUGCCGUGGUAUGGAGAUGCAGCUACCUAGCAAGACUGCUCUCCACCCUGGGCGCCGCGUGUGUUGUAUUUGGUAGCAGGCAGUUUGCUCGGGUUUACUGCUCUGACAGGGAAGCGCGCCACCAACUCAGUGCUCUGAGGGGGUGUAUAGUAUUAAAAGCAAUGCGGCCCCCGCCCCAGUUUUUCUUCGGCACGCACUCGCACCCACCGACCCCAAGAAAGGGAGGGCACCUCACAAGCUUGAAAGGGCGGCAAGCGGCUGAGCAGAGUGAGGCUGCCUGGCUAUGGCGACUGGGCUGGUGGGCUUUAGCAGCUAGGCCAGAGAGCGAAGCAACAUGGUGGCACGGCUGAGGGAGCUUGCGUGCUAUGGCUGCGCGGCCUCUGUCUCAACGCACUGCACCCACGCUGGAUGGCCCAGGCGGGGGGGUCAAUUACGAUACCGUAUAACGGAUUUCGGGUUGCUCGAGUUGCAACGGGUUGCGCGGGUUGCCGGAGCGCAGGGGCUCCAAAUCUGGAACGGGUUGCCGCGGGUUGCCAGGAGAAUCCUGACCCAGCAAAAUGGGGCGAAGCCGGGCGGUAUGGAGGAGCAGUUGCAUGCCUGAAGUGAAGAAAUGAAGAGAAGAAGCGCGCGGCUUUUGUUUUUUGUUGUUGCUCAAUCUUGAAAGGGGCGGCCACGCGUGAAGGGCUCUGCAGCCUUUCCGGCUCUUUUUUUGUAGCGUGCGGGCGCGUGUUUGAAGCGAAAACAAGGAGCGAAGGCCCCUGCUCUCUGUUGUUUUUUUUGAGGUGGGUCUCGCCGUGUUGUGUCGUCUUCGAGUCGUUGGCAGUCUCUCCUUUUUUUCUUCGGGUGCGGGCGUGGCCAAUUGGCCGGGGGGCUGAGAGCGCGCCCCCGUCUGCUGCCAUCAGCGCGCGGGCGACGUGUCCAGCCUUGGGUAUAGCAGUAAGUAUACUGGGGGAGGCUGCUAAAUUGAAAUGGAUUGACGCGCUAGAUUUUUAUACACGAGCGAUGGGGCCUCAGGGGCGCACGAAGAAGAAGACUAAGGAUCAGACACGCGGCGCGUGGCGUCGUGUGCUCCUGUGGAGGUCUCUCGUAGUGCCGUAAGUCUGCGCCUGAAGGGCGCCGCGCAAAAAAUUUUGGCUGGCAACUCGAGCAACCCGAGCAACCCGACCCGAUAUGGGUAAAAAAGAGCCUAGCGCUACUCUAGUACGUUGAAGCCCGCGGGGGGGGCUCCCCUCGCUACGCUCGCGGCCUAAUCAACGAUGGACACCGAGACCGACGCACAUAACUAGAUAGGGGCUGUGGCCAUGCCAGGUGGUUUGGGCCCAUUGUUGUGAAUUGAGCGAAUCUUGUGAAUUGGGCCUGGGCGCCUGUUUGGCUAAUGAGUCUCAGCGGUUUUAGCUAAGCAAGGAAGCUGGCACUGCCUUAGAUGUCUACGCUCUCUGAAGCAAUUUGCCUGGCGACGGUUUAAGCCCGAUGCGCGGCUUUGCAUGGCGCAGGUAGCUGAUUCACAGCCAGUGUUAGUCUGACGGCUGGAUGGUCAGGGCCGCGCUAGCUGGCAAUGUAUGGCUGAGCUACUGCGCAUCUUGCUGGGCAUAGCUACUUGGCUAACAAAUGUAAUGCGUCGCAUCGUGCCCAAAUAGGGGUAGGGAGCUGGUUGCCAAGCAAGUGGGCAAAGCUAGCGCGCUGGCGGUUUAUGGUGUCGGGACAGGUUUGGUUUUUAACUAAGAUCGCCUGGGGGUCGCUCAAGUUAUACUAGCUUGCGGGCCGUCCAAGUUAAACUAGCUUAUCGCGGCAGAGGUGCUUGCGUGGCCAACGGUGGCGGGGCUUGUUUUGUUCUUUUUUGGUUCUGGUUACGGUUGAGCCUGCUCAUAUGUUGGCGGAAGCAAGUAAGGGGUAAGCCUGGUAGCCGCGUCUCAGCGAGCUCGCCCGCCUUGCUUGGGCUGUGUAUUGCUAAGGCAACCGAGGCGAAGCCGGGUGGCUCCGCGACAUCUGGGUGGGGUCAGCGGGCGUUUGUUAUUUUCACUUGCGGACGGUGUGCGCAUCAUGCUUACCCAAUUCCAAGACUUUUUUGCCAGUUGACUUUUUCUACGCGAAAUAUAUGCUGCGGCCGGGCUGAUUUGUGUAGACAAGUAAGCUAACUCUUCUAAGCCACGAAUUCGGUGACAUUCCUCUUGAGCAGGCAGACGUUGUGGGGACUUUCCCUGGCAACCCCAUGGCGCUCACGCUCUUCAAGUUGGUACAGGCUUGGUUGGGCUCUUGGGACACGUUCGCUAAAGCUUUUGGCGGGAUAUUCUGGGCCCACCACCUGCAGGACCCAUACGGGGUCGCAGGAGCUGUUCCUGGUAUGUUUAAAAAAAGUCAGAAAAUGACCACAGCCGUGGGCCUUCCGACGUACAUCGCGCGUCCCUGGUUGCAGAGCGAUCACUUGUCGGCGACACUAGAAGCCACAUUACCGGCCGUCGACGGCUUCGUUGGCCACCCGCGUGUGGAACUCUUCAACUGGAAUAUUCUCGGUCGGGGUUUGGCACAUAUGUCGAUGCCGAUGCUGAAGAUGUGGGAGAAAGAGAUUAAAAACAUUCAAACAUUUUUUCAGCUCCUUGCUUUGAGAAAGAAGCUGGGGGAGAUGAGCGCGCGCGUCGACUCAAAGGAGGUGGACAUCUCAGUUCUUGCAUUUCAAGAAGACCUUUUUGCGCAGACAUAUGGGUCCACAGGGCCAGACGCGGCGGGCGAGUUAAGCUGGUUUGGUCACUUUUGUAGUAGUCGAGCGCGCGAGAUCUCAUUCGUAUCCAUUCGGCGGCCGCGCAUCCUACACGCGGGCGCCCAUUUAUCCCAUUCCACAUCGUUCAACUCGCUAGCGAGCACUCGCUUCGUCUCUAUUCUUUUCUUUUUCUCUUCUUCAACUUCAAUUCUAUCGCCAAAUCCCAUUCCUCUCGAAAUGGCAUUCAGUGAACGAUCAAAAGGCAACCAAUGACAAAGAUAAUCAAAACCGAAUCUCGAUCUUGUAAGUCGGUACCCCACCAGCAUGGCUCUCAGCCUCGUGCUCAGAUCUUGAUCUGGUCUUUUUCGAACUCUGGUCCACAAUGGCCAGCCCCACGCUGAAACGCCUGCGCAUUGCGCACGCCUCUCGUUCCGCGACCCCCGCGCCCGCGGGCAGAGUCCCCUACUUGCAUGAUGCGAGGGGAGCUCAUUAGUCUUGCCUUGUGAUAAGGCUAAUCAUACUCGUGCAAGAGGCGUGUCUAGGUCUAGGUCAGAUCGCACUCAGGUCAUAUCCUAGAACGACGACCGGGCCAGCCCUCGUCUUCGCCGCACUGCAGAACCAUCGACAGUCUAAGGCGAUUGCUCGGCAUCUAGAGACCGCCCUAGAGAUCGAGGAGCGAGUAUCUGCCAGACUAGAGAGCUCAGGAGAGAGCGAAAGGCCACCCCCUUCCAAAUGGUGCCAAAAAAGCUGCCCAAGGUCGUCUGUUAAUAGAAAAACGCUUUCAAGAUCUGGCUCAAGAAGUUCCAGGUCUUUACUGAAGAGGACCUAGCGAAAUAAUAAAAAAAUCGCUACUAUCUUAUCGAACAGAAGGAGGCGCGAGCAGACCGCUCCACUAAGUAGCAUCCGUCUGAUCUUACAAGGAAAGUCGCGCUUUGAUGGAUCUGUCGCCUACUCGUUCUUUAGGAUAUCAUGACUCAAAGGUCGACACUUGACUCGUUUAAUAUCUUUCGGAGAUGACUGAGCACACAGAUGGAAGAUGCCGUGGCUGUUGUUGUUGUUGUUGUUGUUGCUUGUUCUGCUGCUUACUGAGUACCUAGCUACUUCCUGAGCUUUCUCAUUCUUGACCUUUCUCCUGGACCGUGCUACUCGGUUGAACUUCCUCACGAUGUGACUCCUAUCGUGUUGACCUUCUUCAUCUUGAUCGUCCUGGUUGUGAUCUUCUUGCUCUUCCUUAUCCUUGUGGUGAUCCUGAUCUUGAUCCUAAGAGGCGGAACGCGGCCGGGGAGGAUCUCGAUCGCGUUGGUAUUCAGUAUAUCACAAGAUCCAUGAUCCCUACACUCCCCCUCCCGAGACCAAGUCCAUCAAUCAACCACACUGACUCCCCUCUCAACUCCCUCCCCGCCACUUAGUGGCAAACUUGACACAAGACCUACAACUUCCCCCGAGUCAAAUGGCUACGCGAUCGGCCGUCGUCCCACUCUGUAAUCAGAGCUAUUCGCACUGUGUCACUACAACACCCGCCACGUUUAAACAUGGCAAAAAUAUGCACGCGCGACCGUGUCCAGCUCUUUCGCAGCGUCCUCUUUAAAAAUAAAUAAAUACUUACUUCCGCAGAGGAGCUUUGUGAGCGGAUCGGCGUGGUUUCUAUCUUUCGGCACAUAGCAUAAGCUCUGAGCAUAGUCCCGAGCGAAGUGAUGGCGUAAGUCAAUGUGCUUCGACCGCUUGGCUACUGCGGUACUCUUCGCAAGCGCUCAGGCGCUCUGGCUGUCUGUAAAUACAGUCGGCAACUUCUCACCCUUGGCCUCUACGAACCAACUCAAGAAACCCCGCCCAAGAGUAAUCUUUAUUGUGUCAUAGAAGGCAAUAUGCUCUGCCUCGCGCGUGCUUGUAGCUCUUGCAGUCUGUCUUGUACUAGACCAGGCUAUCGGUACUCCUCGAAAGUAUAAAACGCUUCCGCUGGUGCUUCUUAAGCUAACUGAACAGCCAGCAGAGUCGGAGUCUGAGAAUGCUACAGCAUCGCCGAGGCUCUUUUUGUUAGAUGCCAGGACUUUGCUGUAAAUUUUCUUGCAGUUUUCUUCUAUUUCCCGAGAAUACUCAAGACCAACCUCUUUCGUCCCCUUCAAGUGCUGAAGGAUCCUCUUCCCACGCUCUACUGUUGCGCUCGUCGCUGUCGUCAUCUCGCGCGCUACUACCUGCACUGUGUAGACAGUGUCUGGGUGACACAUAGAAGCAAUGUGCUGGAUGCUACCUACAAGACUUCGAUUUGGAAGCGUUUCAUUCUUAGGACUGUCCUCACCGUCACGCUUCUGAAAAAUUGGUGACUUAACAGCGCGACAACCUUUCACGCGAAACUCUUCGAGUGCUCGCCCGAUAGCCUCGAGCAUGUGUGUGCGCAUGUGGCGUCUUCUGCCACAAUGCUCUAGAGUAGCCCCGAGAAGAUCCUGGAUUUCGAUGUCGUCCUUCAUCUUAGGGGGGAUUACCUUGCCAGGAAAGGCCGCCGAGAUUUUCUACAUCUCAGAUUUCACCAACACAGGACAGCGGCCCGCAGUAGUGUAGUUAUCAUCGACAUACACUGAGAGCGUUAAAGUUUUACCGUCGACCACCUUCCUGAAUAGUCCAGGCUCCCUAGGGCACAUUUCCCACCCUAACUCUUCCAACCCUUGUCGAUAAGUGUCAAACCAUCUACGCGGGCUGAUGCGCAAGCCGUAGAGGCUCUCUACCAACCUAACCAGGUCACCCUUUGGGACCUUGCUCCAGUGUUUUGGUUGGUAGUCUUACAGUAACUUUCUCGCCUCCUAAUGCUGCUGAGAUAAAUGCGCUAUGAAUAUCGAAAAUAAGCUCAGUGCGUGACUCUGAUGCUGCGGCGUCGAUCAGGAGUGUCGUGCGCGGCUAGCAGCAUGUGACACAGUAGGAGAGUAAAUCUCGCCACGCGUGUCCUUUUUCUGUUUGUUCCCCAACGCUGCACGGCGGGCCUUGUAACGUCCACAGCGUUUGAGGGUGUAGAUAACUACACUAGGCACUACUUCAUCUCCAAGCUGAUAGUCGCCGUCUUCCAAUGCCUUCCAGCACUGCCUCGCGAUGAGGUUUAGUCGUUCUUCGUUAUCUGCCUCAAUGAGCUUUAUCGCGUCCUCUCUUUCCAUUGCUUUCGCCCUAGUAAGUUGAACAUGGAAGCGCAGCACUUCCUCCCCUUCUUCAAGCUCGCGCUCGCUUGUCGAAGGCCUCGGGAACGUCUCGGGCGAAAAAUACCUGAGCACCAUCGCCAUCCACAGCCGCUGCCCAGGCAGCUGCUGCUUUCGCGUUUGCUUUCCGGCGCCGUUGAUUGGGUUUCGGGCCUGGCUUCAACGACCCCGGUUGGUUCUUACUGCCCUUAGGUCUGCCACGCUUACUUUCGGCGCACAUAUGUCGCCCCGUCCUUGAGCUUGAUCUCAACCGCCGGAGGUUCUUGGUGCUCCUCCUGAGCCCCCUCCGGCUCAUUGAUCUCCUCAGGUCUGGUCUCUUCUGCCACACUAUUAGAAGGGCCAUUGUCAUUUUCACCACCCUCGACCACGAUUGCCGCCUUAUCUUGUUUCUUUUUUUCUUCUUUUUCUUUUGCUUCUUGAAUAUUUUCUUUUUGUUCUUCACUGUGUUCUUUUUCUUGAGGUGUCUCUUCACCGGACAACGAACCUCCCCUGCUCUGAGGGGCACUCUCGCUCCUCGGGCUGAUCAGGCUCGGAGGCGGCCGCCGGAGAAUCUUGAGGCACAUCCGAAGCACACAGUGCGUCUGGCAACGAAUAGGGGACAAAAGUACCCUUUGAAAACUUUCGCAAGUCGUUGCUAUUGCUGACAAGGAUGCGCUCAUCAAGCUUACAACUGCGACUCCCGAUUACUGUGAAAGAACCGCAGGCCAGCCCUCGUUCUGUUAUCCUCAUGCCAUACCCCGACAAGGUAGCGCGAGUUACUUAACCGAUUAGCCCAAAAAGAUACCACGCUCGUCGCGCUCGUGUAAUUUUCCAAGACCUUCCGUGAAGUGUGUUUUUGCGUAUGCUAAGCAACCGAAACGCUUAAAAUAUUUUGUGCUAGGUUUUCUGUUAUGCCGUUUCUCGAAAGGCGACAACUUCCCCGGCUUCCGCGCUAGGCGUGCAUACACCCAAGCAACGUAGGCCGCACAAUGAGGCCACGUUUUCGGAUCAACUCCGACCAUGUUGGCCCUAGUAGCGUUCUGAGACGUUUGGCUCCACCUCUCAGCCACCCCGUUUCUGUUGGGCGUGUAGGGCGCACUAUAAUCAGCGCGAAUCGAUGGACUUUGUCUCGCACAAAAUGCCCUCCAUUGUGACUGAUUUCUCCCCUUUAAACUCUGGAGCACAAUCUGCGCGAGCAGCUUUCGUUUGUCCAUUUCUGGCGCGCCACUUCUUCAAACAGUCGACACGCUGCGACUUCUUUCCCACCGGAUAGCUUUCCGGCUAGCCUGUGAACUCAUCAAUAGCACUACAGCGCCAGACCUCAUCGUGUAGACCAGGUGGAUACGGACCCGUAAAAUCCCAACCCGCUUGAUCAUUAAAAGUAAGCCGCAGGCUUGGGAUAUUCUGGCCGCUCUUUGGCUGCGCCCCUCUGUCUUGACUUACAAAGCACACACUCUGCACAUGGUGGAUGCUUUAAGCCAUGGAUGUGGGAAUGGCCGCGCCGUCUAUGCAGUUCUAAUCGUUCCGAUGCAGUCACAUUCUUCCAAGCUGGCGCUGCUUCUUCUUCAUGUCCCUCCACUUCCAUGCAGACCAUCUCUCCCACAUCAUCACUCUGCCAAUCAUCAACAGAGUGCGGAGCCUGCUGGAACUCUAUAGGGACUGUUGGCAACUUUGUUCCGGUAUCCUUCCCCAGCCACCACUUUUCUCGGGUGGUCUUAUUCUCUAUAUAAGACUCAUCACCAAAGACAGGCUUCGCGCCAUCUCCCACUAGUGUCCUGACACUCAGCAGGAACAUACUUAGAGCCGGGUGGUAUAUGCCACUCUGUAACCCCAAAAAGUUCUCAUGGAAGACCCCUCGAUAACCGACUUCGUCGAGUUUUCUGUCUGCGACAGUAAGCUUAAUAGGCUUCGCCCAGGCAAUGGACUUGAAGCAUUCUCGAUAUCCCGCCAAGUGAUGACUCGCACCACUGUCAGCCACCGCGCUUACUUUGCGGCCAGCCGGUCGGGGUCCUUUACUUUUGGUCUGAAGUUCGUUAACUUAAAUAAUGCAUAUGGUAUGUCCGUCGUAGCAAUCACGUCACCCGAAGGUCCCUGGUGAUCUUUGUCUUCUUUUGUCUUGUCCUCUUCAGCUCUGACCACUUCGCCCGAAGGUCCCUCAUGGUCAGAAGACGUAACUUCUAAACACUUCGCUGACUCUUCUCUUCGUUGUUUCUUCAUGGUGGUCCCACCAUGUUCUUCGGCUUCUUCUCCUCUUUUUCGCUUUCCUUCUUGUGCUGCUUCGAUCGUUGUUCUUACCUUGUUGCAGCUUGUUGCCGUCUGAGUGCAAAUUUUUGACUUUCGUACUCGUUGACUUCCCAUAAGAUUCCAAAUUUUUCGAAUUUCCGUAUUCCAUUGCUGCAGCGCUUGCUUGUGGUGCUUGUGAUUUUGAAGAGUAACUUUGUUGCACUUGUAAAGGCCAAUCACGAUAAGAAUGCAAAUGUGUCUCGUUUCUACUUUCAGGAUGCAAAUUGUCCUUUUCUUGUUGUUCUACUUCUGGUUGCAAGGUGCUAGCGCUAUUGCUAGUGCAGUUGAAGUGUGCCGGGGCACUUUCUUCCUGUUGUUCUUCUUCCAGGCGUUGGUCUUCUUCUCCAACGCCCUCUAGACGUUCUCCUUCGUCUUUUUCAUGCAGUCGAACUCGAAGAUCUUCUUCUUCGUCGACUGCUAGGCGUCCUUCUCCGCCUAGUUCUCCUCCAUCCCCAGUGAUUUCUCACUGUUUUUCCUCUUUCUUCUUGUUCUUAGGGUUGAAGGGGCGCGCGACCUUUUCGUGCCCGUACUUUCCACAGCAGAAGCAUGCCUUCUGCACCGGCUUCCACCAAGAUCGCUCUUGGCCUUUACCGCCUUUGCCGUUGUCCUGCUUCCCGCCCUUUUUAGGGUCUUUGUCUUUUCCUUUCUUGCCCUUUCCUUUGCUCGUGCCUUUUGGUCGUACCCAACGGCCAUGCACACUGUGAACCAAUUAAGAACACACAAUUAAAACAACUAAAAUUGGGUGAGUCCCUAGUAGGUAACACUACCUAGGAAGGCGUGGGGUGUGUCUCGCGUCUUGAAAGGUAUGGCUAUUUCCGGCACAAAUAUUCAAUAGCAACAAAUGCAGCGCAAAGGCAUCUCCAAAGGCUUCCCGUCGACAAAUGUCGCAAAUAAAUGCACUUGCGGGCUGCGACUGGUCAAACCAAUACACAAUCGACACAAAUGAGAAGCCAAACGCUAUGGGCGGAUGACUUGGCUACAACCUGAAUCCUGAGAGUCUUUGUGGCAGAUCGGCCGUGAAUCAUGUGUGGCGACAAAGAAAACAACGCAUAUGAAAGACGGGCCAGCUUGCCUUAAGUUACUUAAGCAUGUAAGUGCGCAGGGAUUUAUCUUAAAUGACCGGUCCAGUACUCUUCUAUUCGCAUAGCGUAAGACCCGAAGGCAUAUUUCAUUUGUGUGCUCAGUCCUCUCCGAAAGAUAUUAAACGAGUCAAGUGCCGAUCUUUGAGUCGUGUUAACUUGUCGAGCGAAUAGGUGAGAGACCAAGCGCGAUUUUCCUAUGUGAUCAGACGGAUGCUACUUAGUGGAGCGAUCUCGAGCCUCCUUUUGUUCGAUAAGAUAGCAACUAUGUGCAUUGCUUUUUCAAUAGGUCGUCCUUCUCAGUAAAAAUCUGGGACGUCUGUUACAGAUCUUGAAGCAUUUUUUUUUUGAAGUGCUCAGCUGCACCGUUUUGGAGUGGGGUGGUCUUUUUCGCUCUCUCCUGAGCUCUCUAGUCUGGCAGAUGUUCACUCUACGAUCUCGAGGACGGUCUCUAGAUGCCGAGUAGUCGCCUUGUGCUGUAGAUGGUUCUACCGCGCGAUGAGAACGGGGCUGAUCUAGUCGCGAUUCUAGUAUAUGGCUUAGGUGUGAUCUGUCGUAGAUUUAGAUAUGUCCCGCGUACGUGUAUGGUUUAGCCUCGCCCUUAUCACGUCGUAAGAUUAAUUAGUUCUCGAAAUAUAUGAUGGAGCGCUACCUAUUUCGAGUAAGAUGAAAGGAGUUGGCUACUAAUGGUCGUCAGUAUGUUGGCAACCCCCCCCCUGUAAUUCGCGAGCUAGUCGUCUCUAUUAAGUCGCGAACUACCUAUAUUCGACUGUAGUUCGGCCGGAGAGUCUGGGCCGUGAGAAAGGAUUACUGCCAAGCAGUAGUCUGCUGAAGACUAUGCUUGGAGAACUACCAGUGAAUAUAUUGUCUCAGCUGUAGCGUGCGUGCGCGUCUUCUUCUUUUCCACGGCUGUCCCGCUGUGCUUGCCAUUCUUCGGCCAGAACUCGUAGCUGAUCCAAAUCUACCGCCUUGUUUAGAAGUUUGGGCAUCAGAAAAUCAGCUAGUUCCUGUCCCAAGUUGCAAAACGUUCCGAGCGAAGUUAGUUCUUACAUGGUGAAUUGUCCACCAAGCUUGUUCUGAAGGAUGCCCUGCUUUCGAGUGAAGUAGUGGUGAAGACUUUCCUCCGGCUGGAUUUUGUCGAAAACCAGCUCCCUUAGACCGUUCAAGCGAGAAGCCUGGGCCUUCUUUUCGUACUCUGUUGCUAACGCUUUCACCGUACACACCAGAUUUCGGUCUUCUGGCUUAACUUGUAGUAGGAUUUGUUCCGCGUCACCCUGCAGGGCACUUUGAAGACCACCAUACACGCGGGCGGCUUGUUUCUUCUUUUCUUCAUCCCACAGACUGUCGCCCGCUGGCGUUUGUAAACUUCUCUUCAGGGCCUCCUGGAUUCCGAGCGACUCCAAAAUAUUUUGAGACUUGAUCUCGAAAGCCGACCAGUUUUCGUCUUUGCCGUCGAAGACUGGCAAAGUGGCGAAGUCCUUCCCCCCUGGCGUCGUCAUGUUUUCAAAAAAAACACAAAAAAAACUUUAUCUAGUAGGGAAGAAAAAUUUUGCGUAAGGUUGUGUAGAGAUUGUUAGACCAGUAGCCCACCUAGUGGGAACACAGAUUAGACGCAACGCCAAACCGCACUAGUAACUUGCUGACUAUGGACUUCCAUGGGGAUUAGCCUGGUGCUCUACAUAACCUGCACGCAGUUAGGUUAUGCCGUGGCUGUUGUUGUUGUUGCUUGUUCUGCUGCUUACUGAGUACCUAGCUACUUCCUGAGCCUUCUCAUUCUUGACCUUUCUCCUGGACCGUGCUACUCGGUUGAACUUCCUCACGAUCUGACUCCUAUCGUGUUGACUUUCUUCAUCCUGAUCACCCUGGUGGUGAUCUUCUUGCCCUUCCUUAUCCUUGUGGUGAUCCUGAUCUUGAUCCUAAGAGGCGGAACGCGGGGGGGAUCUCGAUCGCGUUGGUAUUCAGUAUAUCACAAGAUCCAUGACCCCUACACGCGGCAAGGUCUGAGGAUGGGGAUUUUUUCCGGUCGAUAGGAAGACCGCUUAUUAUAUUUUCAGGGAGGUUGGGGGCGUGCUAAUAUGUUACGCGGUGCCUAUGCUCGUCCCCAAGUGCAAGAGCUGGGGCCGCAGGGUGCGGCUUUUUUGCCAGCCGCUCUUGGGCUCAACUGUCAGCAGUCAAGCAAUCCUAUCCGGUAUUUAUGUGGAGCGCCUAAAAUUUUCUACGAAAGACGAGGCUGAUUUACAGUCAUGAGUCGACGGCUUUGGUCUUGAAUCCGUUCUGUUGGGAAUGAUUUCUGUCGCCGUCCUUAACUUAUCCUCGUAGGUGACCUUCGCGCCGGCAAGGCUAGUAAGAUUGUGCGCGGCAAAAUCUGGCGCGAGGUGCGUCGUGGAUAAUGAGCGCGGACUGCUCUGAGGGUGCGCUGGGCCUUCGCCCUCGCUCAAAAUAAACGCAAUCCCUCACACUGCACCGAUUUAGGCUUACCCACGUCUUUUGAUGAAGUCUCCCCCUACCUCAACUCCUUCCCCGGCCCUUCUGAUGAGUGGCGCGCGGUCGAGGACAGAGGUGCGGUCGAUGGUCUAGCGUUAUCUAUGGAGAACUGCACCAGGUGGGGCAUCUCCCCAAAAUUUGCCGAGCGUUGGUAGGUUUGGAGGCAUCGCUUUUGACGUUGUGACUGAUGGGCUCAAAGCUAGCCACCCAGUCGGAAGAUUAUGGCCCAGCAUCUGAGCACGGAGAGACUUUCAUCCGUGAAGUUCAGCCCCUUGCAGACUUGAAGAGAGUCCUCAUCUAUGGCGAGGCUUUGCGGCCGCGCCCACUGGCUGGCUUGCUUAUUGCACCUGCCUCAAUUUUGCUGCAGCAAGGGGGAGCUAGGACCGGGCUCAUUUCGGACUGGGGCGCCAAAUCUUGCGCACUCAGCCCGGCGCUGUUCUCUACGCCUGUAGACUACUCGAGUGGGUGGGGCCUUCUAGCUCACCGCUGUCGUAGCUCCUUUGCUUCUGGUCUUGGCUUCAAGGACUGCUUUCCCCAUUGGCUCGCCGCCUCGCCUCAGCGUCGCCGCUUUUUCGGUCUUUCCAUGCCUUCCAUCAACGAGAAAGCGCUUCGCCCCUUCCUCCCGUUCGGUAUUAGUCCGACCGGCUCCCGGUUGCAACGGUGAAAGCGCUAAGGAGAUCAUCAGAGCAGCUGGAGACAGUGAGGCGCGCAGUUUGAUGCUCGACUACGUUGACGGCGUCAGGCCUGUCCUUCCGCAACCUCUCUGCUUCUCGGAGUACGAAACCAGCGCAGCCGCGACUUGGCGCGGCGGCUUUGCGUCUUCUCGGCAAAUGGCUGUAAGUUGCAUGACAAAGCCGGGAAGAGAGUCCCCGCUUUUACGCUUUUCCCGUGGCUUGGCUUAGAGUGUGACGCCAUUAACAUGGCCACGACAGUCGAAUCACGGAGCCGACUUGACUACAUCGCGCGCAGACAUUGGGGACUUCUUAGUAGAGUUGUCCGCGGCGUCGCCGAUCAACUCGCGCAAGGUCAAGCGGCUCGCCCCAGUCAAGGGUAGGCGUGGCUCUUGCGCCUGUGUUGUACAUCGAGGCCUGUUGUCUGAAAUGCCGCGGGUCAUCGUUGAGUCUAGCUCGCUGAAGCGUUGGCAGUCAGAUCGUUUGCUCAAUGCCGUUGCCCAUCUUGGCGAGCCUCGCCUUGCAUCAGGGAAGUAAAACGGUGGCGCAAUUGCCUUCGUUCCAAUCUUGGAGCCCCCAUUUUCUUCAAAGGCGAAACAUUUAUUGUUUUUAUGGCGUGAAGAGAUAACUGUGUGGGGUGGGCAGUUUACUCGGGCGCUGCCUCCAGACCUUGCUUUUGUAGUCCAUGGCGAUGUCGCUACCUCUGAAGGAGCGGGCUGGGGCGGUUUGGUUCAGUUUCUGGCCAUUCUUGCCAGGGUCUACAGCUGAGUGGAGCAGCAAGUCGACCAACGUAAAAGAGGCCACCACCUUCAUCCUGCUGCUGCAGGCGCACUCCCGCAAGUUUGGCCAGUCCUCGCGCAGGAUUGGGAUGGAAUGGUUUACACUGACAACCCCGCGGCAGAGCGCGCGGGUAACCGUGGCCCAUCAAAGUCGCUGGAUAUGUAGGGCGCGCCCUUUUUCAUUCGUGACUUCCUCACGAAGCACAGGGCCGAGCUCGUGGCCGGCAAAAUCUUCGGCGCUGAGAACCCGGCCGCUGGCGCCUUCUCUCGUUUCGAUCGAGGAGUCCCGGGCAGUGCUUCUGCUUGCUGAUCCUCAGCCACGUCGUCGGCUCGCGCCCCGAUUCGCUCCCGGUCUCGACGCGGUCGCCUUCCUUCGCGGACGGUGGGGGUGAGGUGCGACCCCCUCUCCUGUUCUCAUUCAGCGCACAUGGUCACCCUUUCCAACACGUCGGGCAUCUUGUUUCGCGUCGGGUCUGGUGCUUUCUUCCGUUUGAAUUAGUGUGCGCGACCCUCAAACUCCUUGCUCGGUUCCAUUCUGGCAUCCCGGAGUCCCGCAGGCCUCGCUUUGUUGGGUGCGUUCCAGUUCUCUUGUCGAUGGGCAAUCCGUGGAGCUGUGCCGCGGUCUUCAUCGGGUCAACAAAUUUAUUUCGCAAAGGCAGGCCCAUUGUCCAAAAUUCGGCUUCCGACGUCUUAUUUCCGGCAGGGUGCGACUUUCACGUCUGCGCAUCUGUCGACCUUAUUUUUUGGAAUUCCAUUCAUUCUGUUCCCGAUACCGUCCUACCUUCUGCAGGUUGGUAAACUCCCUAAACCGGACCGCUUUCGUGUUGCUGCUAGCCUUCGGACCAGGUUGGUCAUCGGUGGCAUCUCCUUGGCUCCUGAAGUAGCCGCUAUCGCUCGUGCUUUUUGUACGAAACCCGUCGAGCCAAAAGGCGGAGCAAGGUCGAGCUUCGCAGCUCACCCCUGCGCGUCUAAAUACGCAGAGCCUGCACGCAGCGCCAAGAACUACUAGAGCAGUUUCGAGCACGUUUGUCGCGUCGUCAAUAUCUACAGCAUGAACCCCCCCCGCGCCGCUGUCUUCUCCUUCGGCCGCAGUUGGUGACGCCACUGAGUCACGCUGCAGCGUUUUUGUUAAAGUAUAUCAUGAACUCCCGCCCACCUCAUUCAGGCUGGUGCGUUCUCCAUAGCGCCACCAUCGGCCAUCGGCGCCGGGCGUUGCGGUGGCAACGCACAGCAGUGCGCGACUGUACUUGAUAGGUUUCCCAGACAUUCGAGACUGCGGCGGGGGAUCUUCUAGGGCUUUGCAAUUUUGACAGCAUGCGGCUCGAGGCGAUCGGGGGCCGACGCUCCGUUUUGAAUGUUUGCCGUGGUGUGAAUGCUUAAGCUCUAAAGCUUUUAACUCAAACAGAAUCCGACUUCUACAGAAGACGAGGAUGCUGCUGAAGUUGUGGCCGUUGAAGGUGUUGAUAUUACAGACAUCGAAAGUUGUGGGUAUAAACUCGCUGAGUCUCCUCGUUCGAUAAUCGUCCUGAUCGAAGUAGGUUUGAAAGCUGUUGCCAGAUGUUGUAGAAUUCUCCCUCGUUAUCCUCCUUCGUCUUCGUUCUCCUUAUUUCUCGUCCGAUACGAGCAACGCCGUGGCUCUAACUUAGUUAGCCUCGGUCAGUCUGCGACUUUUGCAGUAUGUUCAAUGUAUCAGUUGAGAAGGUAAGCCGUUACGUUUUUACAGGAUCCAAGCGCCCCCUUCUUCUUACUCUUGUAAAAAUGCCCUUACUGUAGGGGGAGGCUUGAGGUCGAUGAUGAUGAGGAUGAAAGCACCGAGACGCUUGGCGAAGGUGAGGCAAGCGCAAGUGUAAACGCAAAUGCAGAAGAUGCGCCAGGGAUUUCUUACUUUCGUGGCUUCAUUCAACUACAACAGAACAACAAGAACGGAGCGCAACAAGUGACGGAAAAGGUGACUACAGUGCGCCUAGAUCAACAACAACAGCAGCAACAUUGACAACGCAGCGGGAGCGUUUAAUUCAAUUACUCCUCUGCGCGGAUGCAUUCAGUUUCUUUCUUUGAGUGAAGUAGUUUCUUGAAUUCUAAGGCCAACACGAUUGUUAAGGUUGGCGACCCUAGUUCUACAUCAACGCAUCUGCGUGCGCGGUCUUUGUUAUCAAAUAAGAAUGGGUAGGAAUGAGUGGACAGCAGUCAACAUGAGCGGAAUGGCGUUGCUUCAAAUGAUCGCGGCCAGAUUUCAGAGCAUGAACGAGAGAGAAGCAGCUUCUUGAUCGACAUUCCCAGAAGAAGAGCGAGUGACUUGGCUGGAUUUUGCAACAUUCACAUCGCGACGACCUGAAGGCGUUUGCUUUCUUUGCGAUACCGCAAUCCUUUCGAUUUCGUGACAACUUCCAUGGAGUGGGCGACUUCAACAAACAACAUCGACGAUCUUUCUUGCACUUUCUCAACUCUCUUAAUUUCACUUUCCUAACAAUCAACCGAGCAGACGUCUGAUCUUGCGAACUUCUUUCGUUCGCGCGCUCUUGUCUUCCUCACAUUCUUCUCUCACGGUCUUUACGGUUUGCGACAUUCCUUUUCAGCGCCCUCAAGUACCUACGAACACACGGCAGGGAGGAACAUCACAACGACAACAACAUCCCGACACCUUUUGAGUUUAUAAACAAGCGUAGUUAGCGUUUUAGGCAGGUGCGAAAGUCGUGCGCUGUUUGGGUUUUCAAGUGAAUGCGACAGACUUGGCAUCGCCGUAAGAUUUUGCGACUCACUUGCCACAGUCCCGGUAAAUUCUUGCAGUGGUAGGCUAUCUUGCCUCCCUCGUGCUGCAUAGUUGCACAAUUUGCGCGAGUGACUGCCUGGGGCUAGUGGGCUGGUCUGGAAUGCUUGUCGCCAGGCAAUACUACAAGACUCGCGCUCGUUCAUUGUUAGGCAAAGAAAGGGGAUCAAGUGCCAGACUUGGAGGACCGCGGCGAAGCUGUUCGGCUGAGCUGCUUGGUCAAAUUUGUAGUAGUCGAGAACACGCGGCCUCAUUCGUAUCCAUUCGGGGGCCGCGCAUCCUACGCGCGGGCGCUCAUUUAUUCCACUCGAUAUCGUUCAACUCGCUAGCGAGCACUCACUUCGUGUCGUCUCUAUUCUUUUCUUUUCCUUCCCUCCCGCCCUGGUGUGCCGUGUCAGGUACUCCGCGGCAUCUCGGACGAGUCCCUUCAUCAAAUUUCCGACCGUUCUCUUCUCUCCUUUCUCCCAUUCACUUUCACACUCUCGCGCUUUCGUGUCUUCAUUUCACACUCGCCCAAGCAGCUCCUCUCAGUCUUUUUCUUUGCCUCUCUCGUGCUGCAUAGUUGCACAAUUUGCGCGAUUGACUGUCUGGAGCUAGUGGACUAGUCUGAAAUGCUGGCCGCCUGGCAAUACUACAAAACUCGCGCUCGUUCAUUGUUAGGCGAAACGGGCCGGAGCCAGGCUGAGCCGCUGCAUACCAAAAUUUAUAAGGGGUACUGGACGGAGAUCAUUGAGGCCCACGGCUACGCGGAAGCGUUUGAUCCGCAACACAGCUGGCACGAUGGUCUGCCGCAAGCAAAGCGCGAAGCACGGCCAGAGUACACUCUGCAUGCUGCAAGUCCGUACGCGAUUGGGUCACUUUUUUCUCCCAAGAAAGGGAGCAAAGUACUCGCUUCGACAGCCUCCCCAAAAAUAUCGGCCAAAGGAACAGCAGAGCACGCACUCGUAAUGGGAAACACAGUGUACAUCAAAUUGGGCGAGGCCUUCAAAGAGUCCCCAUGCCGGCCGACCGUGGCGGCAAGUGGCUGGAACGACCGAACGCCCGAAAUGUAUUCGGGUCUGGGUGAGGAGUUUCCCUUUCGAUCGGUGGCGAUUGGGUUUGUUCAUUGCACGACAGGACAGAACGAGAUUGUUGCGGCGUUUCCAGUUGGCCACUUGGCAGGUGGCAAAUUCGACGACAUUCGAAUCCUUGACGCGGUUCUCCAAGGCUACGGCAGCAAGGAAGAAAGCAGCCCAGAAGAGGCUAUGCCGUGGGGCGCGGCCUACUCGAGGGUGUCUGAAAAGCAAAGGGAAAAGCUCCCGACCUCAAAUGGAAAGCUGUACUAUCAAGGGGCGGGCAAGUUGGUCCGCGAAAUGGUGAAAACGUUUGUUAAGCAAGUUUAUGUCGUUGCCCAUAAACUCGGGCUGCAGAGGGAAGCCAAGAGGAUUCCUAUCAUCCUCCCGAUGGACAUGAACACGAAGCCGGACAUGCGUUACUUUUUGGACGAGGUCAGAAAGGCGCUUCAACAAGAGACCGCGGCGGCAGACGGCAGGCCCGCCGAGAAAGGCGCUCUCAGAACGGCCCAGGGAAUUGCGGUCGAGCAGUUCCGGUUGAGCGAAUCAUCCGCCAAAGACGCUCUCACAGAGCCCCAGCGAAUUGUGGGCGAGCAGGCCGGGUUGAGCAAAUCAUCCGCCAAAGACGCUCGCAGAGAGCCCCAGGGAGUUGCGCGCCCGGGCCCGGAAGCGGCUGAUCUCCCUCUCCCUUUCCCAGAGUCUAUAACACAUCUGUUCUAG